CCCUAGGUCAAGGUCGCCCAGUUGGAUUGGCUAGAACACGGAGUAGACUGACCCGAGUAGAUUAUCUUUCGGUGUACAUAUUAUCAAACAGUCAAAGUUCUUGUCUUUCCAUCGCUGCACCAUUAUGGCGAACAGGGACAAAGCUGCUGACCAGUUGAAUGCUUUCAGCAAAACACAGGGAAAGCCUGAUGUUCUCACCACAGGCACAGGUGCCCCUGUGGGGCGCAAGAAUGCCACCAUGACUGUUGGACCACGGGGGCCUGUGCUGCUGCAGGACUUUGUGUUUACAGAUGAGAUGGCACAUUUCAACAGGGAGCGGAUUCCAGAACGUGUUGUACAUGCUAAAGGAGCAGGUGCCUUUGGCUACUUUGAGGUGACACAUGACAUCACACGGUACUGUAAAGCCAAAGUAUUUGAACAUGUCGGCAAGCGGACUCCAAUGGCAGUGAGGUUUUCAACUGUUGGUGGAGAGAAGGGUUCAGCUGACACAGCCAGAGAUCCCCGCGGGUUUGCCAUGAAGUUCUACACUGAAGACGGAAACUGGGAUCUUGUGGGCAACAACACUCCCAUCUUCUUUAUCAGAGACCCCAUGCUGUUCCCCAGUUUUAUUCACACCCAGAAGAGGAACCCUGCCACCAACCUGAAGGACCCUGAUAUGUUCUGGGACUUCAUUACGCUGCGUCCUGAGACAAGCCACCAGGUGUCCUUCCUGUUCUCAGACCGAGGUACACCUGACGGUUUCCGCCACAUGAAUGGCUAUGGCAGCCACACCUUCAAGCUGGUUAAUGCCCGUGAGGAGAGUGUUUACUGCAAGUUUCACUUCAAGACUGACCAGGGCAUCAAGAAUAUGACAGGACCUCAGGCAGAUCAGUUUGCUGCUGAUGACCCUGACUAUGCGACCCGGGACCUGCACAAUGCCAUUGCAGAGGGCACCUUCCCAUCCUGGUCGGCAUACAUCCAGGUGAUGAGCUUCGAGGAGGCAGAAAGGUUCAGAUGGAACCCCUUCGACCUCACCAAGGUGUGGCCGCAAGGGGAGUACCCUCUGAUCCCUGUUGGUCGCAUGGUCCUCAACAGGAACCCCAAGAACUACUUUGCUGAGGUGGAGCAGAUUGCCUUCUCCCCGGCCCAUAUGGCGGGCAUUGAGGCCAGCCCUGACAAGAUGCUGCAGGGACGUCUCUUCUCAUAUUCGGACACCCAUCGGCAUCGUCUGGGCAGCAACUACCUCCAGCUCCCUGUCAACUGCCCCUUCAACACUCGCCUCAGCAACUACCAGCGUGAUGGUCCCCAGUGUGUUGAUGAAAACCAAGGUGGGGCUCCAAAUUAUUUCCCAAAUAGUUUCACUGGCCCACAGGAUGACACCAAACACCUGGAGUGCCCUUUGAAAAUAUCAGGGGAUGUAGGCAGAUACAAUACAGCUGAUGAUGACAACUUCAGCCAAGUGGGCAUCUUCUGGAGGAAGGUACUGUCCCCUACUGAUCGUGACCACCUGAUCAGCAAUAUGGCUGGACACCUCAUCAAUGCCCAGGAGUUCAUUCAGAAACGGGCAGUCAGUAACUACAGCCAGGCUGACCCUGAGUAUGGCCGUCGACUGCAGGAUGCUCUCAAUGCCUUGAGGGCAAAGGCACAGAGUGGGAUGACCGCCAACCUUUGAGAAGCCGAGAAGAAUGUG